AUGCCAUCUCGCCUGGCAAAGCUGUUCCUUGCGGCGCUCGCUUGCACUUCGUUGCUUCCCGCGCCGCAUUACGGCCGUUGCAAUGCGGGCUUCCCCCUUGAGCGAGCUAUCUUGCCACUUAUCUCGGUUGCGACAGCCACGCUCAAGAGCCCAAGCACAGGCAAAGCCUCCGAGGCGCCUCAUUGGAACGGCGUUCGCAACCUCCACGCUGCUGCGCUUCUGCGCUGCACCGCUGUCUGGCCAGCGAUAAGCUUGCUGCGAUUUCCUGGAUGCGACGGCGCGCAACCCUCCUCCUCGGCAGCUCUUCUCGCGCCACCCAUCAGCAAUGGGCGCCUCGACUCAUUUGGCGACGUGGGAAAAGGCUCAAACAAGCGACGGCCGCCUGCUGAUGACUUUGUGCUGCCUCACCUUUGUGCUUGGAAGGCUCCGGUUCAGGGCUUGUACGACCUCUCACAACCCGGCUGCCUCCUCGCCCGGCGACCGCAAUCGCUCCUGCAUUCGCCUUCGCCACGCCGCUCCAGACCCGCCGUCCCUGGAACUGCGUCCUGUUUCGAGGCCGGUACAGCCCGCCUCAACCGGGCUUGCCUUGCCUCGACUACAUUGGCAAGGCCCCCCCAAAUCCCUAUAUCAUCCAACCUCUUCGCGCUCAUCAUCCCCCAGUGUCACCCCUACCGUGCCCCUUCCCAUCCGGCCCCGCUCCCUCCUCUCCCGGCUCUCCUAUUCUCCGUUACCGUCAUCAUGUCGGCCGGCGCCCCUACCUCCCAGACUCCUCAGCUCGCCAAGGAUGCGGCGCUUGCUGAGGAGCAUGUUGCCACCAGCAACGAAGGCUCCCACCACGAGGCCAACGACGACAAGCUCGGUUACCAGGCUUCCGACCGUGACCUCGAGAGCCACAACGGUCGUCCUCCCGUCGAGGCCAUCGAGCCUCACCCGCAGGGCGAGCCCGGUCGUGCCAGCAAGCUCUGGCACUCCAUCCGAACCCACAAGGCCACCCGCAUCGCCUUUGACUUUGCCCUCAUUGGCCUCAUCCUCGGCUGGUGGCUCCCCGGUAUCAUCCGUGAGGAGACUCGCCACCGAUGGGUGAUCACCACCAUCUGGUCGUGGUUCUUCAUCCUUCUCAUCCUCUUCCACAACGACCGCUACAUUCCCAAGGCUCCUUUCGCCAACGCCAUUGGCGGCGCUUGGACCGCCGGUGUCUCCAAGCCCUGGAGCAUGAUCCCCCACUACGGUCAGAUUGGUCUCGGCUGGCUCGCCCUUCUCGCCCUCUACUUCGGCAGCGCUUUCGGAAUCAAGGAGGUCCCCGAGUCGCGCUACGGCGACCGUGCCCGCUCGCUCUUUGGUCUCUUCCUCAUCAACUGCUUCUUCUACUGCAUCUCGACCCGCCGCGCUGCUAUUAAGCUCCAGCCCGUCAUGACCGGUCUCGGUCUGCAGAUGAUCAUCGGUCUUCUCGUUUUCAAGACGGGCGCCUUCUUCAGCGUCGCCAGGUGGCUCGCUUUCGCUGCCGCUGACCUGCUCGCCCAGGGUCAGGUGGGUGGUGCCGCCUUCUUCUGGGGCGACCUCGCCGGCCAGCACUACUUCUUCAUCGACACGCUCUCGUCCAUCAUCUUCUUCGUAGCGCUCGUCGUGCUGCUCUCGUACCUCGGCAUCAUGUCGUGGGCCAUCCGCAAGUUCGCCUGGUUCUUCUUCAAGCUCAUGGGCAUCUCGGGUGCCGAGGCUGUCGUCGCCGCCGCCUCGCCCUUCAUCGGCCAGGGUGAGAACGCUGUGCUGGUGCAGAGCUUCCUCGACCUCAUGACCAACGCCGAGAUUUUCCAGGUGCUCACCUCGGGCUUCUCCACCAUCGCUGGUUCCGUCUUCCUCGCCUACGUCCAGAUGGGCGUCUCGCCCACCCACCUCAUCACCGCCGCCGUCAUGUCCAUCCCCGCCUCGAUCGCCGCCUCCAAGAUGGUCGUGCCCGAGACCGAGACCCCCGUGACUGCCGGCUCGGUCAACAUCCAGCUCAACGAGAAGGCCGAUGCCGUCGACCCCCUGCACGCCUUCUCCAACGGUGCCUGGCUCGGUGUUCGCGUCGCUGCUCUCAUCUUCUGCAACGUGCUCUGCAUCGUCUCGCUCCUUUACACCGUCAACGGACUGCUCACCUACAUUGGCAACUUCUGGACCAUCAACAACCUCACCCUCACCCUCAUCCUCGGCUACAUCCUCUACCCCUUCUGCUGGUGCAUGGGUGUGCCCAAGAAGGAGCUGCUGCGUGUCUCCGAGCUCCUGGCUACCAAGAUCGUCGCCAACGAGUUCGUCGCCUACAGAAACCUCGCCAAGAUCAAGGUGUCUGCCAACCCUCUGAGCGACCGCUCGGUUCUCAUCAGCAACUUCAUGCUUGCUGGUUUCGGUAACAUUGGCUCGCUCGGUAUCAACAUUGGUGUGCUUUCCGGUCUGGCUCCCAGCCGUGGCGGUGCCAUCGCCCGUCUGGCUCCCCUCUCGCUCGCCACCGGUAUCCUGGUCACUUGCUCCUCGGCCUGCAUUGCAGGUAUCCUUGGCACCAAGUAA